AUGUCGCCAGGCAUCUCCGCCCCGUCUUCGCCCACACCCACCGCUGGACUCACCGACACGCCCAGGCCUCGCGUUAGAAUGAACAGCAUGCCCCCGCCGUCGGCCCCGACUGACUACGUCGUGAGACCGCAGAGACCGCAGGCGCAGAGUCACGACGCAGCAAUUCCUCAGUAUGUAGAUCCACCGCGUGUACAGAAGCCAUUGCCUACCGCACUCCCGCCACCAGUUGGCAAGCCAUGGGUCCACGAUCCCAGUCGGCCCAACUUCCUCCCACCCGCUUGCACCUCGCAGCCCUCACCGCUCAUGCUCCUACACGACACGCUCGACAUAGCACGCGACUAUCGCGAAUUUGUUGACACGGUCGGCCGCCUCGAACACGAGUAUGGUCGCGCCCUGCAGGCGGCGGUCAAGAAGUUUGAGGGGCGGUUGGAUGCAGUGAACACUCCGGCGCCAGGAGGAGUAAAGCCGCCCACGACGACUCUGACAACGGGGAUGCGAGGCCAUCUUCAAGAGAUGAACACGGUCGCUUCCCUCUUCACGAAGCGGCAGGACACACUUGCGAGCCAGCUCGGCCACCCGCUGCACAAUCUUGACCGGCGCAUCGGCGAGAGCACGCGCCGCCUCGCGGUGUGGAACAAGGAAAUCCGCGGGCGCUGGGAAGAGGGGCGGCAGCGCGUGGACACUGCGCGCGCCAAGUAUGAGGCGGCGGUGCGCGAGCACAGCGCCGCCGAAGUCAAGCUGCGCCAGUGCACGCCGCCCGAGCUCAGCAGCACACCGCAGGUCGGGUCCGAGUGGAUCAAGCAUGAAAAACUCGUUGCGGAGCUCGAGCGCGUCCGCUCUGACAGGAAAAAGGCGUACAUUGUCGCCCUGGCGGGCGAGGGCGCCAAUGGCGGCGGUGGCCGUGACGUCGAAGAGGGCGGCGGCGCAUGCGGCUGGGGUGAAGAGGCACGCCAACUGUACGGCCACGUGCAGAAUACGAUGCUCGAGCUUCUCCGUCACCACGUCGAGGAAGAUCGCGCGCACUACGCGCUCCUCGGCAACGUCAUUUCCCGUCUCGAGGCGACAUACGCCGCCGUCGACUUGGUGCGGGACCAGGACACUUUCCUCGAGUGGAACACGAGCAGUAGUAGCGAGGACGAGCACGCCAGCCCACGGAUACCGACGCCCGACUUGUCUGACUCGUCGAGCUCUGCGGAGCCGCAGUCUGCCGACUCGUCGCAUCCAUCGCUCCGCUGCUUCUCUUUCGUGGCGCCUCCAAGCGCCCAGUACGAAGAGGCAGUGCUUGACGCGUCCAAGAAAGACGAUCGCAAUUGGCUCAUUAACCGUUGGCUUAUAUCGUCUAACGAGCUCAACACCUUGACCGAUGGGUUCAGCAAAGGCCCAGCGGUUGUGAAGCGCGACGAGCUGGCACGAGCACGCCAGAAAUGCCUUGAUUUCGCGGCGAACCGCGGCAUCGGGGACCCCGACGAGAUGUGGGAGCGGCGCAUGAAUGUCCUGCGCGAGCUGGGCGUUAUUGAGCGCCGCGUGGUCGUGACCAAAGCUGAGAUGGCGUGUCUCGAGGCCGUCCUCGGCCCCAAUCCGCGUCCAGAAAUGACGCACGACUUCAAGGAACGCGCGUUCGCCACGCCGUCGCAGUGCGAUGCCUGUCACGAGAAGGUAUGGAGCCCGAUCAAGUCUGAGCUCUCGUGCCGCCACUGCGCCAUCGCACUGCACAAGGCGUGCGGGCUGCACGUCGAGCCGGAAUGCACAGGCUUGAAAUCGCGGCGACGGCUCACUUCGGGCGGUCGUCUCCGGCGCUCGCUCACCUCUGGUGCGAUGAAGUUGCGCCGUACGACAAUCUACGAAGCCCCGCACGGCGGGCCUGUCGAGGUACGCACGGCGACGCCAGCCCACCGGCACCGCGAGCCGCUACGUGACGACGAAGCGAUAAUCUCGCCAUUCUUCGAAGCGGACACGGAGGCGGAUCGCGCCGCGAUCGCCGAGGCACUGGCCCCCGACCGCGGCGUCCAGCUAGCGCGCGUGCGCGCAUCCUUCCCCGCCGGCGGGAUUCUCGAGCUGAGCGUGCGUGCCGGUGAGGUGGUGCGCGUCCUUGAGCCGGACUUGGACGGCAGCGGCUGGGCAAAGGUUCGCCGCGCGUUCGACGCAGGCAGCACGGACCAGGAGGGCCUCGUGCCGCUGUAUGCGCUCGCGCUGGUUGGCUCGUCCACCGCGCCCGCGGACGGAGGCUGCGGCAUCUUCGUAAGCGCGGACUUCACGUUCCCGCCCCCAGAGCAUACCCUGGGCGUGGGCGAGAUUGCGAUUUCCAAGGGCGCGAUAUACGAGCUCACGCGCGUGGGUAUGGCAUUCGACGAGCUCUGGUGCCAGCUCCUUGUGCCUGGGCCGGAUGGCGCGCGCGUCAAGGGCGUGGUGCCGAAGACGUAUGUGACGGUGCUCGACAUGUAG